CUGCCUGAACAACAGACAGAGACUGCCUGAGUGACAGCCAGCGAUUGCCUGAGCUACAGCCAGCGACGAACUGAACAACAGCCAGCGCCUAUCUCUGAGUGGAGCCACAAGGCCAUGGCGAGUGCGGCUCCCAGUGGUAGCGAGGCUCCAGGGGAGUUGACCUGCCCCAUCUGUCUGGACGCGUUCCGCUGCCCCUGCACGCUCAGCUGCGGCCACUCGUUCUGCCUCAAGUGCGUGGAGGGCGCCUGGGAUGCGGCCGAGUCUUUCUCCUGCCCACAGUGCCGAGUGACUUUCCCUCAGAGGCCCAAGUUGAACAAAGACUUCACCCUCGCCAGCCUGGUGGAGCAGCGCAGUGCCGCAGAUGAAAUGGCCACCGUGGUAUUGUGUGACUUCUGCAACGAUGGCACGACUGCUGCCUCGAAGACCUGCCUCAGGUGUGAUAUGUCCUACUGUGUGACUCAUGUAAAGCCUCAUCAGGAGAACCCGAAGUUAAGGAGCCACAUUCUGGUGGAUCCAGGUACAAAUCCUGAGGACCGCAAAUGCAAGCCGCAUAGAAAGAGGAUAAAGUUUUACUGCCGACAGGACGAGAGCUUGGUCUGCACAACCUGCACCUUCGCAGGAGACCACAAGGGUCACGAUGUGGCUACGCUGGAGGAUGAGCACAAGACACGGGAGAAACAAGUGGGAGAGGAGACGCGGGUGGUGGAGGAGAAGAGGAGGGAGGUGGAGGAGUCCGUAAGGCAGAUGGAGGCCACUCGCAGGGACGUGCAGGGAUCCAUGACAGAUAAAAAGGCCUCAAUCUCUGUCAGAUUUGCCCACGCGAGAGCAGCGUUGGAUGCGGAGGAGAAGGCGGCAUUAGAGCAACUGGAGCAGAAAGGGCGCGAGCUGCUAUCCCAGAUCGAGAAGAAGAUCGCUCGCUACCAGCGGGAGAUCAGUGAGCUCCAGGCAGCAGCCACUCGCCUGCAGGCCCUAGCGCAGGAGAGGGACUCGCUCGCGUUCCUGCAGGGGCACUUGGAGGAGACGUGCAGGGCAGGGAGGGUUACAGCAGCUCCACGCACAGCUCCUAGCCAAGAGGACAUUGCCUCGCUUAAAGGCACCGAGGGAACUGUGGCCAAAUUCCUGUACGGACGCUCACCGACUCUGGACACAAACUCGGCUCAUGACUACCUCCAGAUUUCCUCAAAUCUCAGGACAAUGAUGCUGACCUGUUCCUCCCAGGGUCGCCCUGAUCACCCACAACGGUUUGAUAGCUGUGCACAAGCCCUGUGCUGUGAGAGCUUCUCGUCGGGCCACCACUACUGGGAGGUGGACGUGGGGGACGCGCGGCGGUGGCGGGUUGGAGUCGCGUACGGGACGAUCCCACGGAGAGGGAGUAGUAGUGCUGCAUAUUGGCUGGGAGGGAACGACGCGUCCUGGUGUUUAGAGAAAUGUAACUACAGCUUCUCAGUGUUCCAUGAUAGAGUGAAGAAUGCACUGUUGGUGAGGGGGAGCCCCUCCCCCCGCAGCAUCGGGAUUUACCUGCACUGGGAGGGGGGGCUCCUGGUGUUUUACCGCGCCGACUCCAUGGAGGUGAUCCACGAGUUUCGGCAGAGAUUCUUGCAGCCUCUCUACCCUGGAAUGUGUAUUUGGCGUGGUAAUGGUCGAUUGGAGAUCGUGGAUCUGAGUCGUGCAUUCUGA